AUGCUUCAUAUAAAAGUUUUAAACAAGUGGACCAAUAAGUCUUUUGACAUGUUGUUAGGUGUAUUGAAAGACCUUUUACCAGAAAGUGAUCAAAAGGUUCCAUGGACCCUUUAUGAAGCGAAGAAAUUUUUACGUGAUUUGGGUUUAGGAUAUGUGCCUAUUCAUGCAUGUUGCAAAGAUUAUACAUGUCGAGAAAAAACAGCUGGAGAUAUGCGAUGGCAUAAAGAAAAACGUGUUGAUGAUGGCAUCUUAAGGCAUCCAGCCGAUGGUGAGGCGUGGAAGGAUUUUGAUAGGCAACAUGCUGUGUUUGCCCAAGAACCACGUAAUGUGAGGUUAGGGUUGGCCACCGAUGGUUUCAACCCUUUUGGAAAUUUGAGCAACUCAUAUAGUAUGUGGCCUGUGGUAGUUAUGCCUUAUAACCUACCACCGUGGAAGUGUAUGAAGCAACCAUUUUCCAUGAUGUCAUUGCUUAUUCCUGGACCGCAAGCACCCGGGAGAGAUAUUGAUGUUUACUUUAGGCCAUUAAUUGACGAGUUGAAGGAGUUAUGGGAAGAUGGUGUAGUUACUUAUGAUGCCUCAACUGGGGCAAGUUUCCGAAUGCAUGCAACUGUUAUGUGGACUAUUAAUGACUUCCCUGCAUAUGGUAACUUGUCAGGGUGGAGUACAAAAGGAUAUUUGGCUUGUCCCAAUUGUAAUGAGAAUGCAUCAUCACAACGGUUAAGAAGUAAGAUAGGAUACACUGGUGCUCGCCGAUACUUACCUGAAGACCAUCCUUGGCGAAGAAGUAAGCUGUUUAAUGGUAAGGCAGAUGAUCGAGCAAGACCUUCGGAGUUGUCAGGGGAACAAAUUUUAAAUCAAUUGGAUUUAGGAACAUUUAAACCAUUUGGGAAGCAUCCAAGCAACCAAAAAAGAAAAAGGGAUGAAAAUACCGUCCUGAAUUGGACAAAGAAAAGCAUAUUUUUCGAAUUGCCUUACUGGAAGACACUCAAGUUACGACAUAACCUCGAUGUUAUGCACAUAGAGAAGAACAUAUGUGAUAAUUUAAUUGGGACUUUGUUGAGCAUUGAUGGAAAGAACAAGGAUACGGAAAAAGCACGCAUGGAUUUAGAGGAUAUGAAAAUUAGGAAGGAUUUGCACUUAAAGAGGCGCGCGGAUGGGUCCUUUGGAAAGCCCAUUGCAUUGUUCACAUUGUCCCUAAAGGAAAGACAAGGUUUUUGUGAUUUCUUAAAAUCGAUUAGGUAUCCUGAUGGGUAUGCAGCAAACAUCUCUAUGUGUGUGAGCACAAAGGGCGGCAAGUUAUCCGGUUCGAAAAGCCGUGAUUGCCAUGUCCUUAUACAACGACUUCUUCCUAUUGGAAUGCGUGGGUAUCUUAACAAGGACAUUUCUAUUGCAUUGUUUGAGUUGGGAAAUUACUUUCAACAGUUAUGUUCAAAAACAGUGAGGGUGAAUGAUUUGAAAAAAUUACAAGAGAGCAUAGUACUCAUACUUUGCAAGCUAGAAAAAAAUUUUCCACUUGCAUUCUUUGAUGUGAUGGUUCACUUAGCUAUUCACUUGCCUCGCGAAGCCAUUCUUGGAGGGCCAGUGCAAUAUCGAUGGAUGUACCAUAUCAAAAAAUUACUUGGGAUUUUGAAAGGGUAUGUAGCAAAUCGAGCUCACCCAGAAGGUUCAAUUGCAGAAGCUUAUAUUGUCAAAGAAUGCCUAACUUUUUGCUCUAUGUAUCUUGGUGGGAUUGAAACCGUAUUUAACAGAGAGGAAAGAAAUGAAGAUGGUGGUGAUGUUGGCUCAAGGCAUUCAGUUUUUUCACAAAAAGUCCGUACUUUUGGGCUCACUCAAAGGACAGUUGACGUGUCUGAGAAUGAAAGAAAAGUGGCUCAUUGGUUUAUCUUGUAUAAUAGUCUUGAAAUUGAUGAAUAUCUAGAAGAACACAAGAAUCAGUUACAAAAUGCAAAUGUACAGGACAUUACAAGACAACAACAAGAAGAAUUUCCUAGGUGGUUCAAAGAGCGGAUAAAUCAAUUACGAGCUGAAGGAUCAUCGGAAGCAACUGAUGAGUUGUGGUCAUUAGCUAAUGGUCCUAGUCCAAUAGUGAAUAUUUAUUCAGGUUGUAUUUGUAAUGGCAUUCGAUUCCACACGAAAGAGCGAGACAACCGUCGUAAAAGUCAAAAUAGUGGGUUGGUUGUUCAAGGGGAUCAUCAUGGUAUGUCAAUUGAUUUCUAUGGUCAGUUGAAUAAAGUUUGGGAAAUGACAUACAUGUUCGGGCAUCGAGUUGUGUUAUUUCAAUGCGAAUGGUUUAACACUGGUAGCAACAGAACAUUUCGCACUGAAACACAUUUGACAACCAUUGAUGUAAGAAGCCGUUGGUAUCAAAAUGACCCAUUUGUCUUGCCAAGUCAGGUGCAACAAGUUUUUUAUGUCAAUGAUACCAAAUUAGGUGAACAUUGGAAAGUCGUAGAGCGAUUUCAACGUCGAGGAAUAUGGAAUGUGCCGGAGCUUGAGGAUGUAGAUCCCGAUGAUAAUGAAUUGCCUAUUCCGAAUGAUGUGUUCCAGCAGGACGAGACCACUGAAAUUGUCCAAAUCAGCAUUGCAGAUUCCAUUAGCAACACUUUACGUAGGACUGAUAUUGCACAUGAUAUUAUUCCAAGUGAAGUGGUUCUGCAAUCUGGUACAAGUGUACAUGUAGAGGGUCCAAACAGAGAUGAUUUUAUCUGUGAUGAUAAUGAUCAACAUUCAAAUGAUCCUAGUGAUGAUAAAGAUGAAUUUCAUAGUCAUAGUAACUCGGAUACAGAUGAUGAUAUAGAGCCUUGA